UUUGGUACUGUGGCAGUGUCCCAAUCAAACCAAUCAAACAAGAGAACUUUUCUCACAAAAGGGUCAUCGAAAAUUUGAAACUUUCGUUGAUUACCUUAAAAAACAAACAGAGAAAUUGAAAGAAAGAAAGAUGAGAAACGGUGAUGAUGAGAAGGGUUUGCUGUGGAAGCUUCCGGUGUUGAAAUCCAACAAUUUAGGGAAAGUGGGACCUGGAUUCGGUAUUGGUGCUGGCUGUGGCCUUGGUUUUGGCAUCGGUCUUCUUGGAGGAGUGGGUUUUGGCCCUGGAAUUCCUGGCUUACAAGUUGGUUUUGGGUUUGGUGCUGGAUGUGGUGUUGGCUUAGGAUUUGGUUAUGGCGUGGGAAAGGGAAUUGCACAAGAUGAGUAUAGAAGGUACUCAAAUGUUGGAAAUCCUUUUCGUGGUUCUGGAAGAAUUAUUAAUGAGGAUGAUAUUACUGCACUUGUGGAUGACAUAGUCAUAAAUACUAAAAAGCUUAUCAAGGCAACAUCAAAAGAAAUCGACAAGUGGAGAAGAUGAUGGAGUAGACCAUUAAUUUUUUCAUGUACAAUUGUAUUUAACUAAUAUCUUCGCCAGUAAUUUCUACCAAAUCAUGUGGCGGCAACAUAGUUGGGAUUCUUCUAGAGAUAAAUCUUCUAUAUCUAAAUUUGAUAAAAGCCGUAACAUUGAUAAUUUUUUAGGGUUUUUUAAUCAAACUUUGACAUGUCCCUGUUCAAGAAAUCAACAAAAAGGUGAAUUUGAGUAUGGAAGAACAACCACUGCCAUAUCUGUUUGAUUUCAAGUUGGAAGCACUUGAAAUGGUGAUGAUACCGUCUUGAAAAUAUGUGGUGUGCGAGUUAAAAAAAAUGUCGAAGUCAUUAUAGUCUGUGAAUCAGAAUUGUUGAAUGAAAAUUGGAUGAUUUUCAUGUUACAAGUUCAUCUGUUUAUGAAUCCGAGGUAAAAACAUCAUGGUCACUUAAUCAAAA